UUGUUUCUUCUGCUGUAUAUAUAGGAAUGGGCUCUGGAUUAAAGAACAAGGGGUUGGAACUGGAAUAUGUUCUUGUUCCCAUCAAGUUACACCGGCGGAUCACAUUUGGGUCCGAUAUCGUCUGCCAGACAAACAGGUCAAACUCCAACAAACCCCAUACUUGAUUAUUUCGCAAACUCCGCUCACUUAGCAUCUCAAAAUUGGAGCUGCUCCUCCUGUAUAACUUGUCACCCAUGGCCCUUUUCAAGUGACUUUUCGGGAUUACUAAUGAAGAGAUCUACAUUCCAAAUAGGGUGCUCGUGGGGCCGAUUCAAACCAGCGCUCACAUCUCGAGCUUACUCUUCCUUAUCCGAACGUUUACAUCAUGAAUUGACAUCACGACGAAUUCCCUUGUUUUUCGAUUAUCUGCAUACACAACAGUCGCAUCUCCUGAAUCUGACAUUGGGCGGCCUCUUCCCUGGGCAUCAACCGCAGACAAUUCUACCUUCAAUCACGCGCCAUUUUCACCUCCCUGCAGGCCAUCAUCUGGUCUACUUCCCACCCCAAGUCACACUCUCGCAGCUCUUACCCGACGGAACUGAUACCCUACAUAGCCCUGGAGAACCCUUUAACAGACGUUUGUGGGCUGGGGGUAGCAUCAGAUUCUCAGCUACAAAUAGCCUACCUCUCGAUGGCAGUCGAGCAGUGUGUAUUGAAGGAAUUCGAGAUGUCAUAGUGAAAGGACAACCCGGGGAGGAGAAAAUAAUCGUCAAAAUAGGGAGGCACAUCGGCCCUGUACAGGAAGGAGAAGACGAGAGUAGCAUUAGGAAAAGAAUAUGGAGUGAAACCGAUCAUGAAUGCUCCUCUGGACAUAUAUCAAUCAUCGAAAAUCGAGAUUUGGUAUUUAUGCGGGAUAAGACUGCAAAACAACUUGCUGAUGACAAGGCAAAGUUCUCCCAGGCCGCGAAAACAAUUAAGCCUCCCUCGGAUCCUGAGUUUCGUAAUGCAAUUCUACCUUCAAAGUCCCUAUUGUUUCGCUUCUCGGCCCUCACGUUCAACGCGCACUUGAUCCAUCUCGACCAGAACUAUACACAAAACGUCGAAGGUUAUAGGAACCUUCUCGUACACGGACCGUUGACGUUGACGCUGCUCCUCACAGCUCUUCGAGCACAUCUAGAAGGGAAAGGGUUAACCAUCAGAGAGAUUGAGUAUAGAAAUCUAGCCCCUCUUUUCGUAGAAGAGGACUUAGCGGUCUGCGGCAAACCCAAACCAAGCAAGGGAAAUACAAUUUCAUGGGACGUAUGGAUCGAAGACAAAAAUGGCGGGUUGUCCGUUAGAGGCACCGUUAAAACCGAUAGGUCUACACCUCAUAGAUGACCCCCCCGGUUUCGAAAUACAAUAGAGAUGUUGCAAUGUCGCCAUCCAUAUCGCUUCUCCCAUCGUCUAACCAUUGCAUACAUACGAAGGGCUAUCUUUCCAGAUUGAAAAGUUAGCCAGGCAUUUAUGCAUCUGUCCUAUGGCAAAUUCAGCAAGCUCCAACACGAUUCAGGAAUAUGCCAUAACUACUAUAUACCUAUCUCGUUUCAUUAGGCAGCUAUCUACCUAGGUAGUCAAUAUUUGGUUCUUCCAGUACUUAUCAACCAAUUAUUGCAUGGGUAGUGGGCGAGUACCUAGUGUAUAAAAAGAAUAAUUAUUGCAUGGCUUGUGGAGCCGCAAAGCUAUGUCGGAAAAAUGAUAUACCGAACAAGGCUAGACAAAAC